ACGGAGCGAAAGACAAAAUGGCGGCGGCGCCGGUGGCGGCCCGGCGCUGAGGGGAGAGUCCGGUCCUCGCGGCCCCUCCCUCCCCCGGCUACGUGCCGCGGUGGCCGGCGACGCCCCCUUCCGCUCUCGGACCCGGCGCAGCUCGGAUCCUGUGGGGCCCCCGGCACGGGUUCAAGUCUCAGCCCGAGCCGGGCCUCCAGCCCGCGGACGUCGCCGCCUUGGAGUCCGGCUCUCCUGCAGAGUUAAACUAUUUCAGCAAUAAAGAAUCCAGCAGACCUCAAUGCUUUGUGAUGUACCAUUUUCACCUUUGCUUGAGAGAAUUCUGAAACUACCAAGUAGCUUUGACAGAUAUUUGUGUAAGUGAAACCUUUGUGAAGGUUAUACAGAUAGAUGUUUUCAUGAAGAGAGGUGAAAAGCCGGAAGGGUAUAGACAGAUGAGGCCUAAGACCUUUCCUGCCAGUAACUACACUGGCAGUAGCAGGCAAAUGUUGCAAGAAAUACGGGAGUCUCUUAGAAAUUUACCUAAACCAUCAGAUGCUGCAAAAGCUGAGCACAGUAUGAGCAAAAUGACAACUGAAGAUCCUCGACAAGGCCGAAAUCCACCCAAAUUUGUGACAUAUCAUAAAGCUUUGCAAGAAAUACGAAACUCUCUACUCCCGUUUGCAAAUGAAGCCAGUUCAUCCACCAGAAGUGCUUCAGAAGUUAAUCGACAAAUGAUACAACAUAUGCAAAUUGCUGGACUUGAUGAGGAUAUGGUUAUACGAGCACUUCGACAAACUAACAAUAAAAAUAUAGAAGCAACAAUUGAAUUCAUUAGUAAAAUGAGUUGCCAAGAUCCUCGAAGAGAACAGAUGGCUGCAGCUGCUGCUAGACCCGUUAAUGGAGGCCCAAAGCCACCAGGGAACGUACAGCAAUCAGUUAACCGAAAACAAAGCUGGAAAGGUUCUAAAGAAUCUUUGGUCCCUCAAAGACAUGGUCCACCACUUGGAGAAAGUGUAGUUUUUCGCUCUGAAAGUCCUAACUCUCAGACAGAUGUAGGAAGACCUUUAUCAGGAUCUGGUAUAGCAGCAUUUUCUCAGGGUCAUCCUGGCAAUGGACAGAGGGUGAACCCACCACCACCUCCGCAAGUAAGGAGUAUUACCCCUCCUCCACCACCUCCAAGGGGACAGACUCCCCCUCCAAAAGGUACACCACCCUCGUCAUGGGAACCAAAUUCUCAAACAAAACGUUAUUCUGGGAACAUGGACUAUAUGAUUUCUCGUAUUUCUCCUGUGCCACCUGGGACAUGGCAAGAUAGCUACCCUCCACCACCUCUAAACACUUCCCCAUUGAAUCCUUCUAAUCAGGGACAAAGAGGCAUUAAUUCUGUCCCUGUUGGCAGGCAACCAAUCAUCAUGCAAAGUUCUAACAACAAAUUUAACUUUCCAUCAGGAAGACCUGGAAUUCAGAAUGGCAGUGGUCAGAAUGAUUUUAUGAUGCAUCAGAAUGUCCCUGGUGGCUCUGUGAAUCGUCAGCCACCCCCUCCAUAUCCUUUAUCUCCAACCAAUGGUCAGAGUCCUUGUACUUUACAGAUACAAACUGGGGGACCUGCUACUUCUUCACCAUACACAAAUGGAAACAUUCCUACAUCUAUGAUGGUGCCAAAUAGAAACAGUCACAAUAUGGAACUUUAUAACAUAACUGUACCUGGAUUACAAACAUCCUGGCCUCAGUCAUCAUCUGCUCCACCCCAGUCAUCACCUGGUAGUGGACAUGAGAUCCCUGCAUGGCAGCCUAACAUUCCGGUGAGAUCAAAUUCUUUCAAUAACCCAUUAGGAAAUAGACCAAGUCACUCUGCUAAUUCUCAGCCUUCAGCCACAACAGUAACUGCUAUUACACCAGCCCCUAUUCAACAGCCAGUGAAAAGCAUGCGUGUUUUAAAACCAGAACUCCAGACUGCUUUAGCACCUACCCAUCCUUCUUGGAUUCCACAGCCAAUUCAAACCACACAGUCAAUCCCCUUCUCUGAGGGGCCAUCCUCAACCAUGGCAGUUAUGCCACCUGUUGCUGAGGCUCCAAAUUAUCAAGGUCCUCCACCACCGUAUCCAAAACAUUUGCUACAUCAGAAUUCAUCUGUUCCUACAUAUGAAUCAGUUCCCAAACCUAGCAAAGAGGAUCAACCUUCUUCACCUAAGGAAGAUGAGGGGGAAAAGAAUUAUGAAAAUAUUGAAAAUGGAGAUAAAGAAAAGAAACAGAUUACAACUUCACCUGUCCCUGUUAGGAAAAACAAGAGAGAUGAAGAGAGAAGGGAAUCUCGUAUUCAGAGUUACUCCCCUCAGGCAUUUAAAUUCUUCAUGGAGCAGCAUGUGGAAAACAUACUCAAGUCUCAUCACCAACGUCUUCAUCGUAAGAAACAACUAGAGAAUGAAAUGAUGCGGGUUGGGUUAUCCCAAGACGCCCAGGAUCAAAUGAGAAAGAUGCUUUGCCAGAAGGAGUCUAAUUACAUCCGCCUUAAAAGGGCUAAAAUGGACAAAUCCAUGUUUGUGAAGAUAAAGACACUAGGAAUAGGUGCAUUCGGUGAAGUUUGUCUAGCAAGAAAAGUGGAUACUAAUGCUUUAUAUGCAACAAAAACUCUUCGGAAGAAAGAUGUGCUGCUUCGAAAUCAAGUUGCUCAUGUCAAAGCUGAGCGAGAUAUUCUUGCAGAGGCUGACAACGAAUGGGUAGUUCGCCUGUACUAUUCAUUCCAAGAUAAAGACAAUUUGUACUUUGUAAUGGACUACAUUCCUGGGGGUGAUAUGAUGAGCCUGCUAAUUAGAAUGGGUAUCUUUCCAGAAAAUUUGGCAAGGUUCUACAUAGCAGAACUCACCUGUGCUGUUGAAAGUGUUCACAAAAUGGGUUUCAUUCAUAGGGACAUUAAACCUGAUAACAUUUUGAUUGAUCGUGAUGGUCAUAUCAAACUGACUGACUUUGGCCUCUGUACAGGCUUUCGAUGGACGCAUGAUUCUAAAUACUAUCAGAGUGGUGACCAUCCACGUCAAGAUAGCAUGGAUUUCAGUAAUGAAUGGGGUGACCCAGCCAACUGUCGAUGUGGUGACAGACUGAAACCUCUAGAGAGAAGAGCAGCACGCCAGCACCAACGUUGCCUGGCACAUUCAUUGGUUGGGACUCCCAAUUAUAUCGCUCCAGAAGUGUUGCUACGAACAGGCUAUACACAGUUGUGUGAUUGGUGGAGUGUUGGUGUAAUUCUUUUUGAAAUGUUGGUGGGGCAACCUCCCUUCCUGGCACAGACACCAUUAGAAACACAAAUGAAGGUUAUCAACUGGCAAACAGCUCUUCACAUUCCACAGCAAGCUAAACUGAGUCCAGAAGCCUCUGACCUAAUUAUUAAACUUUGUCGAGGACCAGAAGACCGCUUAGGGAAGAAUGGUGCUGAUGAAAUAAAAGCUCAUCCAUUUUUUAAAGCAAUUGAUUUCUCUAGUGAUCUGAGACAGCAGUCUGCUUCAUACAUUCCGAAAAUCACACACCCAACAGAUACAUCUAACUUUGACCCAGUUGAUCCAGAUAAAUUAUGGAGUGAGGAUAAUGAUGAAGGGAAUAUAAAUGACACUCUUAAUGGAUGGUAUAAGAAUGGAAAGCAUCCUGAACAUGCUUUCUAUGAAUUUACUUUUCGAAGAUUUUUUGAUGAUAAUGGCUAUCCAUAUAAUUAUCCCAAGCCUAUUGAAUAUGAGUACAAUAAUUUACAAGGCUCAGAGCAACAGUCAGAUGAAGAUGAUCAACACACAGGCACAGGGGUAAAAAAUGGUGAUUUAGUUUAUGUUUAGCGCACUGGAAAGUAAUUGAACUACAUUUCUAUGGCUGUAAUUUUGCAAAAAGACCUCAACUAUAUUAUGAGGCUUCAAGAGAAAAAUUAUGCAAACAUAACAGAGCUAUUUAUUUUUGCUCUGUGUACAUUAUUUUAUUUCCCCAGAUUGUAGGGAAUUUAUUUCAACUAUUAAUUUAUUCCAUCAUUAUUAAUCAGUAAUUUAGGAAAAAUGUUAUAAGGAAAAUUAAAUUAUGAACUGCAUUUUGUGAUCACUUCUUGGUACUUUAAGUACUUAAAACAAGAAAAUAGUGAUUUGUUUAAAAGGAGAAGUCUGUUAUCUAUUUGUACAUAUACUAAGUAAUUUUAAAAUAAAAAAAAACCUUGGAAUUUUGGAAAGACAGUUUAACCUUGCUUUUAACCAAAUAUGAAAUAUAUCCCACAUUUACAGAGUUCUUUUCAUAACCUUGGUUUUGAUACAAAGCUAGGUGUUGCUGGCUCUUUGCUACAAUAUAAGCUAGAAAAAUUAAGCCAUCUGGUCAGUGUGUGUUCCCAGGGUUGAUGAUAAUCUGGAUAAUUCACAUCCUGGAACUAGGAAAUACAGGGUUGCAACAAUGUCAUUGUUUAUCAGACAGGGGUGAAAAUAAUAGGGGUUUUUUUUGUAAUUGUAGUCCAUCUAUCUAAUAGUAUAUUCAAAAUAUUUUUAAAGCUUAGAAACUUUAGAAAGCUAUAGCACUAUACCAAUUUUUCUCUCCAUAUUACUGUAUGUUUUUAUAUAUUUCCAUGUUUAAAAGGAAACAGCUGCCAUACAAAAGACCUUUUAGACUAGUAUUUUUAUCAUUUUGUUCAUAUUUUAUUUCUUUUGUAGCGUUGAGCAAAAUUGCAAACAUUUUCAAGUUUCUGUGAUUUCUAUGAAACUACUAUCUUGAAUAUCCUGUUCAGCAAGCAUUUACCAAGUGCCUACUAUGUGCAGAGCAUUGAAAGAAAUAGAAAGUUUAGAGGAGACUGUCCCCUCUUGCCACGGAGCUUACAGUCUUAGUAGGAGAAAUAAAAGACAUA